CGGCUCUGGAGGCGGCGUUUCAGCCAUUAGAUACAGUUACGCAUCGCCGAAGGCUUCGCGAGCCUCGCUAAUAUACGUUACGCACCAGCUCUUGAGGUCAGCGCAGCCCGGGGCAGGCGCACAGGACUUCAGGCCUGUGGCACUUCAAUACAGUGCUCAGCCGCGCGCGCGCCGUAGCAGCCGCGACAGCCUGGACGCGCGCGCCGCAAGAGUAGCGAAAGAAGAUGGCCGCCCUCGCCGCAGAACAACGCGAGCCGCGCGUCCUCUCCGUCCAGAGCCACGUUGCGCACGGCUACGUGGGCAACAAGUCCGCGGUCUUCCCGUUACAACUGCUCGGCUUCGAGGCUGACGCCGUGAACAGCGUGCAGUUCUGCUGCCACACGGGCUACCCGACGUGGCGCGGCCAGGUCCUGGGGGGGGACGACCUGUGGGGCCUGGCGACGGGUCUCGACGCGAACGGACUCCUGGAGGGCUAUUCUCAUAUACUAACGGGCUACAUCGGGUCCGCGACUUUUCUGCGAAAGAUCGUAGAUCUGGUCACGCUCGUGAAACAAAGGAGUCCUUCAUCCGUAUAUGUCUGCGAUCCCGUGCUUGGGGACCACGGCAAGCUCUACGUGCCGGCCGAGCUCGUCGAGAUCUAUAAGAAGGACGUCGUGCCGCUCGCUACACUACUAACGCCGAACCAGUUCGAGCUGGAACUCUUAACGGACACGUCGAUCAAGAACGAAAGUGAUGCUGUGAACGCAAUCAACAAAUUACAUAGUCGAGGCGUCGAGCAGGUCUGCGUCACGUCCCUUGAUUACGUGCCGAACCGCAUCGUCAUGCUUUUAUCCCUCAAGGGCAGGGUGUAUGUGUUGGAGCUGCCGCGACUGCGAGGAAGGUAUACGGGCACGGGGGACCUCACCGCCGCGUUGUUACUAGCGUGGUUAAGUCGACACCCGUUGGAGCCCGCGCUCGCGCUGGAGAAGGUCGGCGCGACGCUGUCCGCGGUGCUGCGAAGAACAUUAAGGGAGCGGAGCGCGCGGACGAUCGACGGGAAGCAGGUCCCGCCCGAGAUCGCCUUGGUUAGAUCGAAGAGACAUAUCGAGGACCCGCCACGGACGGCGCCCGGCGGCGACUACGCGCUGGUGGCGCGGUGCCGGCGCGACCGGCUCAAGGGCGUGGUUUUUGUGGACGUCGACGUCGACGCGAGGGCAUUGAAUGAAUGCGGGGCGCCGGCGUGGCUGCGGAAGCGCGGGGAGCUGGUGGUCGGCGGCGUCGGCGGGAGCACGUCGCGCGCGUUCCAUUGUUCCGACGGGUCCGUCUCAGACUUUUGUGAGAGAAGGGGACUCUCCCCUAAUACGGUGCUGGCCGUCGUCGGUUCCGAGGCGGGCGCGGCCCAAGCACGACAAGCGGGGUGCUUCGUGUGUGCCUUGUUGCCGGGCGAACCCGUCACCGAAACUACGGAAGAGGGGGGCUACCUGAACGGCCACCGCCCGCUGCGCAUCGCGCGCGGCCUGUCUUGGUUCGCCGAGGGCGACGACGACGACGUGCCUCCUGUUCCUGAGGCGCCGGCCUGGGCGGCGCCGUGCGACGUCUGCGCAUCGUCAUUGGCUGGGCUUGAUAGAUAUCUUAACUGUGAAUAGUAUUUUCAAG